AUUUUUAGCAAGCAGCAAUGCCUCCUAGAAAGAAACAAAAGUUGUCAUCCCAAGCCCCAUCGACGACAUCGCAAGCGGACAAUCCCCCCUCCAUACCUCCGAGCCAACAAGUCUCUUCUAAACCCGACGUUGACGCCGAUUCCAUUGUUGCGGAUCCUUGGACGGACGAUCAAGAGACAUCAUUGCUGAAAGGUAUAAUCAGAUGGAAGCCUAUAGGAAUGCAUAAGCAUUUUCGCAUGUUAGCUAUCUCGGACCACAUGAAAAGCCAAGGCUACGCAACAGAUGAACAUACGCGCAUACCGGGUAUAUGGAAAAAAUUAGACUCAUUGUAUAAUCUUCCCGCAUUGGACGAAAGAGAAGAUCCAUUCGCAACAGAUGCCUCUGAAGAAGUAGAUGUCUCCAACGAACCUUAUUGUCCCUUCUCUUUGGAAGAGAGUGAAUACGGUGACAUGAUGUUUGAGAGGAGAUUAGCUCCAGAAGGUUCAUCCUCUCCUCCCAGUCUUCCAGUUCCGUCGAGGAGAGAAAGCACGAUUGCAGACACGGAUGAACCCCGAUCGUCCCCUGCUCCGUCGCGAGGCGGUAGACGUAGAGGGCGUGCGGCCCGCAGAACUAUCGGUACGCGAUCGUCAAGGCUAAGCGAAAAGGCGAGUGUCAAUGGGGACGACACUGGGGGAGAUAGAGAAGGUGCUGCGAUUGCCAACGGGGCAGAACAGUCACAAGCGACGGGCUCAGCGGCCUCAAAACCAACCAGGGGCCAGACCACUAGGGGCAGAUCAAGGCGGGGAAGACCUCCGACUAGGCGAGGAAGAAGGAGAUAACCCUUUUCCCGCCAUUCCAUGCUGUAUACUUUUGCUUGAAUCCUACUAACUC